CGGUCCUAGCCGCUGGUUGCCAGAAGAAAAGCCACCCAUUCCUCCCCCUCUACCUCCCAUCCUUUGCCCCAGAGCUGCCUUCAUCGCAGUCACGCCCCUUCCUUCCGAGGAGCUUUCAGGCUGCCUAAACUGGUAGACCCCUGAAUUACUCCUCCAUCUCUGCUCUCUUUCCUUUGGCCUCGUCUUCCCUUAGUUCUCCCGCCUCCCCCACACUACCACUACCUCCAGUCUGUCUAGCCUCCCACCGUCCACUGCUCCACCCUCUGGCCCAGUAUCCUGUCUGUCCACUGCCACCAAGAAGAGCCCGGACGGAGCGGAGAGGAGGGGAGCUGCCGGGAAUUGGGGCUUCCCCCUACCCAUCCCUGGCCGCUGGUCCGGGACCAAAGCCACUUGAGCAAGCAGAGUCGUCACCUUGUCUUCGUUGCCUUCAGGGAGCUGCUGAGAAGAACAGGAGGGAAGGGGCUUUUGGAUCCUUAGAAAGAAGGCUGAGAAACUAAAGGUAUUGGGACAGAUACAGUGAAAAAUCACACAGGCAGCCCAUGCCUGAUUUCACCAUCUAGUGAUUUCCACUUCCAUUUCUGGUUCAACUCAUUACUGUGAUUUCUGCCUGAGCAUUUAGAAGCAUAACUGAGUGACCAGUGGUUGGACUCUUGGCGGCGCUUACCCUGAACCUGAGUGUUAGGGGAGAGGGAAUCUGCCACUGCGGUUUCUGGAGCUGCUCAUAAGCAAGAAUUCCCUAUCCUGAUCAAGGCUUUAAGCCUAAAAGAAAGCAGAAAUAGGUCAAGGGCAGCCCAAGUGCCCAAUUUCUCUCUCUCUUCACAAGGCACCACCAGCGAUAGAGAUGAGAAAUUCUGAAGAACAGCCAAGUGGAGGGACCACAGUUUUGCAGCGUCUGCUACAAGAGCAGCUUCGCUAUGGCAAUCCUAAUGAGAAUCGCAAUCUUCUUGCCAUCCACCAGCAAGCUACAGGGAAUGGCCCUCCUUUCCCCACUGGCAGUGGGAAUCCAGGCCCUCAGAAUGAUGUGUUGAGUCCCCAAGACCACCACCAACAGCUGGUAGCACACGCUGCUCGCCAAGAACCCCAGGGCCAGGAAAUCCAAUCAGAAAAUAUCAUCAUGGAGAAGCAGCUGUCUCCCCGAGUGCAGAAUAAUGAGGAACUUCCGACCUAUGAAGAAGCCAAGGUCCAGUCUCAAUAUUUUCGGGGCCAACAGCAUGCCAGUGUUGGAGCUGCCUUCUAUGUCACUGGUGUCACCAACCAGAAGAUGAGGACCGAGGGACGCCCAUCAGUUCAAAGGCUCAAUCCUGGGAAGAUGCAUCAGGAUGAAGGACUCAGAGACCUUAAACAAGGGCACGUCCGCUCCUUGAGUGAACGAUUGAUGCAAAUGUCACUAGCCACCAGUGGAGUUAAGGCCCAUCCACCUGUUACCAGUGCUCCCCUCUCCCCACCACAACCCAAUGACCUCUACAAGAAUCCCACAAGUUCCAGUGAAUUCUACAAGGCCCAAGGGCAAGCUCCCAACCAGCAUAGCCUGAAGGGCAUGGAACACCGAGGCCCCCCACCAGAGUAUCCCUUCAAGGGCAUGCCACCCCAGUCUGUAGUGUGCAAGCCCCAAGAGCCAGGGCACUUCUAUAGUGAGCAUCGCCUGAACCAGCCAGGGAGAACAGAGGGGCAACUGAUGAGGUAUCAGCAUCCCCCUGAGUAUGGAGCAGCCAGGCCAACGCAGGACAUCUCAUUGCCAUUGUCAGCCAGGAGCUCACAGCCUCACAGCCCUACUUCUUCCUUGACGUCUGGGGGUUCCUUGCCCUUGCUGCAGUCUCCACCAUCUACUAGACUGUCUCCUGCCCAGCAUCCCUUGGUCUCAAACCAGGGAGACCACUCAGUCCACCUGCCUAGGCCCCAGCAGCAUUUUCUACCUAAUCAGGCUCACCAGGGGGAUCAUUACCGUCUCUCCCAACCAGGCCUGAGUCAGCAGCAACAGCAGCAGCAGCCAGGAGAAGCCUAUUCAGCUAUGCCUCGGACCCAGCAGUCUGCUUCUUACCAGCCAAUGGCAGCUGACCCUUUUGCCAUUGUCUCCAGAGCCCAGCAGAUGGUUGAGAUCCUCUCAGAUGAGAACCGAAAUUUGCGUCAGGAGUUGGAAGGAUGCUAUGAGAAGGUGGCGAGACUGCAGAAGGUGGAGACAGAAAUCCAGCGGGUCUCAGAAGCAUAUGAGAACCUAGUAAAGUCAUCCUCCAAAAGAGAGGCCCUGGAAAAAGCCAUGAGGAACAAGCUGGAGGGUGAGAUUCGGAGGAUGCACGACUUCAACAGGGAUCUGAGAGAGCGUCUAGAGACAGCCAAUAAACAGCUUGCGGAGAAGGAGUAUGAGGGGUCUGAGGAUACCAGGAAGACCAUCUCUCAGCUCUUUGCAAAAAAUAAAGAAAGCCAACGAGAGAAGGAGAAGCUGGAAGCAGAGCUAGUCACUGCCCGUUCUACCAAUGAGGACCAAAGACGACACAUUGAAAUCCGAGACCAGGCCCUGAGCAAUGCCCAGGCCAAGGUGGUGAAGAUGGAAGAAGAGUUGAAAAAGAAGCAGGUAUACGUAGAUAAGGUGGAGAAGAUGCAGCAGGCCCUUGUACAGCUCCAGGCAGCAUGUGAGAAACGGGAGCAGCUAGAGCACCGACUCCGAACAAGACUGGAGAGGGAACUGGAGUCUCUCAGAAUCCAGCAGCGCCAGGGCAUCUCUCAACCCACCAACAUUUCUGAAUAUAAUGCCGCUGCACUGAUGGAGCUCCUUCGAGAAAAGGAAGAGAGGAUUCUGGCCCUGGAAGCUGAUAUGACGAAGUGGGAGCAGAAGUAUUUGGAAGAGAAUGUGAUGAGACAUUUUGCUCUGGAUGCUGCUGCAACUGUGGCUGCUCAGAGGGAUACAACAGUCAUCAGCCACUCUCUGAACACAAGCUAUGACACAGCUCUAGAAGCUCGCAUCCAGAAAGAGGAGGAAGAAAUCUUUGUGGCCAACAAGCGUUGUCUGGACAUGGAGGGCAGGAUCAAGACCCUCCAUGCUCAGAUUAUUGAGAAGGAUGCCAUGAUCAAAGUACUCCAGCAACGUUCCCGGAAGGAACCAAGUAAGACAGAGCAGUUGUCAUCCAUGCGGCCAGCAAAGUCUCUGAUGUCCAUUUCCAAUGUUAGCUCAGGCUUGCUCUCCCACUCAUCCACCCUGACUGGAGUGCCCAUCAUGGAAGAGAAGAGAGAUGACAAGAGCUGGAAGGGGAGCCUAGGUAUUCUCCUGGGCGGAGACUACCGUGUAGAGCCUGUCUCAUCCAACCCCUCACCUGUGCCUCCGUCGACUCCCCUGCUCUCAGCGCACUCCAAGACAGGCAGCCGAGACUGUAGCACUCAAACUGAACGUGGAACGGAGCCCAACAAAACUGCAGCUGUUGCUCCCAUCUCUGUUCCUGCUCCAGUUGCUGCUGCCGCCAGUGCUGCCACCAUCACCAUCACUGCUGCCACCAACACUGCCACCACUGCCACCAACACCAUCACUAUGGUAGCUGCUACUCCAGUUGCUGUUGCUGCUGCUGCUGCUGUUGCUGCUGCCCCAUCUCCAGCAAUAGCAGCAAUUGCUGCUGCUGUUUCUCCAGCUGCUGCUGUUCAGAUUCCAGCUGCUGCAUCUGCUGCUGUUGCUCCUGCUGCUGCUGCGACUGCUGCUGCUAUACAGGUUGCUCCAGCUGCUCUGGCUCCAGUUCCAGCUCCGGCUCCAGUUCCAACAGUGGCUCAGGCUUCUGCUCAGGCUCAGACUCAGGCACUAACUUCAGCUCCGGCUGCAGCUCCUACUCCAGCUCCGACUGCAGCUCCUACUCCAACUUCAGCUGCAACUCCAGCUUUGGCUCAGAUUGAGGCUCCUGCAAGUCCAGCUACCAGUGGUUCUGGAACAUAUCAUUUAUCUGUACCAAGUUUGACCUGCAAUCCAGACAACACAGAUGGUCCUGUUUUGCACUCCAGUACUCUGGAAAGAAAAACUCCUAUUCAGAUCCUGGGACAAGAGCCUGAUGCAGAGAUGGUAGAAUAUCUCAUCUAACUGGCCCGAUCAAGAGCUACAGUUUAUCAGCAAGAAUGCUUUUACUCAUGUUCCCUUUUCAUUUGUUCUUAUUUUGAGGGUGAAGACAAGGGUUGGGGGAAGGGGAUGUUUUUAAGGGGACUUUUUAUUGGAACAAUAUAAUGCUUAAUUAAUACCACAUGAACUCUGAUACACAUAGGGAAUACUUCUAAAAGAUAGAUUAAUCAGAGUGUGCUCUGAAGUUUAUUGUUGGGGUUUACACAAAUACUGGGACAGUUAACAAGUAGAUAUACAUUGAUAUUUUCAAUGUGCUUAAAUUUGUUUCAAUUUUUCUAUAUGAGAUCAUUUUUAUUGAAGAGCACAGUGUGUGUGGAACACAGUGUGUAAUAUGUAGUGUGGAAGUGGGAAGCCAGAGAGAGUUUGUGUGUGUUCUCUUUGUCUAGUUACUAUCUAGAUAGCAGCCACAGAAAGCUCUCACCUCGGGCUCAUGCAAAGGAAUAGUUUUAAGAACUGUAUAACCUGGAGGAAAGGUAGGGAGUAUUGGGAUAUGGAAGAGUGCUGGAGCUAAUUUUUCCUUCCAAUGGCCCAGCUACCCUCACCCCAGUGGACUGCAUUUAUCUUCAUUUCAGUGGUGCUUUGAAAGUGGAUUCUUUUGGUUCCCUCCUGGAGGUUCAUAUAUCCAUAUAUGUACUCUGGAGUAAUUUAUGGAUUUGGAUAAUUAAUAUAUUGCUUUCAGAUGCUAGGAGGGUAAAUUAACUGAGUGAUGCACAACUUCCUCUCUUGUGGAGAGUUAGGCAUCAGAGACCUUGAUUGAGAGUUGCUUGAGCUGCCACAUGCAGAUUUCUGUAGUUGGGUGUAGCCAUGAGCAUACCUCACUUGCCUUUCCUAAGACCAGUUGGCUUAGUGUUUAUUUCUUCUAGGACACACAUUCACAGGCUGCAUCACCAGUCUCCAGUGGCCAAUCAUUUGCAAAACAAGGAAGCAUUUUUGCUGACAGGUUGGAUGCUUUGAAUUUCUGAUGACUAUUUUGACUCCUCCGAUUUAAUUUUCUCCAAUUCUUAGCAUAUGUCUUAAAAGGCAUAUGACUGUCACCCCCAAGGGAGUAACAUCCGAAGUCCAAAGUACUACGCUGCAGUCAGGGGAGUGGUUGAUUGCAGCCGGCUCCUCAACUACCUCUUUUCACCACUAGUGAUUCCAUCUUGGGAUCCCUUUGGGAAGCAGUGAGAAUAUGUAUGUGGGUAGGGACCUCGGGAGGCUUCAGCGAUAAGACUUGCCAUAGGGCUGCCUCCAAGGUGUUCCAGAGGGAUGCAAGUUGCCACAGGUCCUUGCCCUGUGUCACCUCUCUGCCCUUCAUUAAAGAGACAAAUCUACAGAUAGUGUCAUUAACAUUGAUUUCCAGGUAUUUAAGGAGGGUGAAGGGAGUAGGGUUGUAGAUAAGGAUGGGGGGUUAGAGGUUUUUGGGAUGUGUUAGUUAGAAACCAGAUUAUAGAAGAGUAGCCUGAUAGAUUAUGUCAUGAGCCACAGCAGCAGGAAGGAACUUUAGCAAUAUAGUCCUAUCUCCUAAUUUUAGUGAUGAGAAAUCUGAGACUUGGAGAGGGUCAAUAGCUUUCUCAAGAUUGCACAGCACAUCUGUUUAUCCUGCCAAUUAUCAUGCUCUUUUGGGGAAUCUUUUAUACAAAAAGGAAGAACCUGUUUUAAGAAAAGGCAUCUUCAUGGUCCAGGUUAUCUGCACUUACAGAGUAUCCAUGGCUUGAAUAGUUUGUCCAGGGUUGUGAAUUCCUCUUUUCUCUCUAUUGCAGUGCCUUGUACAAGGUUUUCCCUUUCCUGAUCCCCAUUUCCACACUGAGUCAUAUGAAAUAUUCACCUAAGAAAUCAACUUCACUUUUCUCUCUCUCAGACUGGGUGCCUCAGGUCAUCUUACAGGGUUACACUGUCAGUAUAGGAAUAGUGUAUUUACCAGUAUUUUUUUUUUUGUAGUUCCGAAUUAUCUUCCAAAGGAAUUAUUUAGUGUUGGGGAGGGAGCAAGAAGGAAGGCAGUGCAAUUUUCAGCCAGUCUUUUCACAUUUUCAAUAAUAAGGUGAUCAUCCUACACAUUAAUCUUCAGUUGUAAAAUGAAUACCAAGUAGAAACUCAAAGUGCAGUUGUAUUAAUAUUCAUUCACACUACCUUUAGUCGUAAGGUAAGCUCAAAAAUGAAACAAGAUUUCAGGAGUUCUUACUUUUUAUCUAAGCAAGUAAAUAAAAAUAAACCUUUCAUGGUGAUAACACAUUGCUAAAAGUUUUGCUGCCUCUAACAGCCAUGAUUGUAAUCACAUUCUGUAGGGUGAUACAUAUACAUUCCACACUGUGUGGCAGCCAUCUCUUUAGGCUCAUUAGUUUUAAGGAAAGGAGGAAGUACUUGCCUAAGUAGUAUUUUGAACUUUCCAGAAUUUCUCUGGCCUUUCAUACCAGAGGCAAUCUGUCUCUGCUCAGCUUUCAGCCCUAGGUAAUUUGCUAAAUUAACACUGUAGAUCUAAGAGAUGGAAGAAGAGCAUGUCAGUGUAUCCUGUUGUGGUGAAGCUAGAUUCCAACUUUUCAGAAAAUCUUUACUAAGUACCAUUUCAAAAAUUCAGGCUUAUGGGGGAAAUCUGACGUUAAUCACCUUUAUGCAACUGUGGAUGUAACAUUUGGGGGAUCUUCUGGAACUUCCACCUAUCUAUGCAUUUUACUGGUACCUCAGGAUGGGAGGGUAACCUUGUUGUCUUAACUUGUACUGCCUGGUGGUCUAUGGGGACCUUCUAAUUCACUUGUACCCCAAUGUCCUAUAUAUAGGAAAACUUCAUUAGAUUGACCUUUACUUGAUAUAAAACCCUUCUAUUAAUGUUUUGGAAAUAAAAGUAGCUUGAGCUUUAUUUUAAAAUCAUGUAUCUUGAUUGUUGUCUUAAUGAAGGAUUUAAUUUCAAUGCUGCUUUUGAGCUUCAGAGUGAUGGGAGAGCAGGAAUCUGAAAUAGUUGACAUCAUCUGCCAUAGGAAACAGCAAACACAUGUCAUGUUCUCUUUUUGUUAUUACACUGUUGGGUGGGUAUAACAAUUAGAAAAUGAACAAACUGAUUGUACAAACUAUUUUUAAUGAAGAACCUAAAUACUGCAGCCGCUUAAAGUGUAUACUAACGCACUAAUUUCAUGUCUGUUAGUCAUACAAUUAUGUGUUAUCUCAAAUGUCCAUUUAUAUACGGAAUAUGUUACUUCCCAUGUAUGUCAUUUACUGACAGUGUUUUCAAAGGAAGGCAUCAGCUGUGAGCUAAUUAUCACCAAUUUCAGCCCACUAAGAUCCUUGGAAAUAUAUCUUCCAAGUACAUUCUAUCAUCAGUAGGGCAAGUGUCAGGAGUUUGUUUAUUUUCUUCUGGUAGCAACAAUAGGUUACAUGGAGCUAUCAAACCUCCUUCUGGCUUGUCUUGUGAUUAAUGGCAUGUGUUUGUAAAACAGAUAGCUGGGACGGGCAGAUGGCUAGAGAAGAAUCACCUGUAGUUUAAAAUAUAUAUGGUCCCAUAAUGAUUAUGAUCCCAUUCUGUAAUCAGCGGAGCUAGUUCCAAUAAAGUUAAGCAGGUUUAAAUCCAUUUUGUGCCUAUCUUUUCACUGACAAUAAAGUUAGCUAUUUUAA